AUACAGGAUCUAGAAGCUGGAUUUUAAACUCCUCUAUCACUCCCUAGAAUUUCAGAGAGUUCUGUUAUGAUCUCUGUAGUAAUUAACAAUUUAGUCAAAGUUCGUUUUUCAAGUGUCUGUGCUAAGAAUUCAUGUAUGGUCUCGAUGUCCUGGAAUUAAAAGGAUUUAGGAGCUCAUGGUGUACAUACUCUAGGAUAAAUAAAAUUUACCUAUCCCUGGAUGAAGUGCUUGGGAAGCCUCUAAAUGCCAUAGUCAACUGCCAUUUCAAAGAAGAGAAAAUAGAUGGUUUUGGAAAGUUCAUGCUGUUUCUUCAUUGAAUUUUAGAAUGAUUGAAGAUAGUGGGAAAAGAGGAAAUACCAUGGCAGAAAGAAGACAGCUGUUUGCAGAGAUGAGGGCUCAAGAUCUGGAUCGUAUCCGACUCUCCACCUACAGAACAGCAUGCAAGCUUAGGUUUGUUCAGAAGAAAUGCAACUUGCACCUGGUGGACAUUUGGAACGUCAUAGAAGCAUUGCGGGAAAAUGCUCUGAACAACCUGGACCCAAACAUAGAACUCAGCGUGGCCCGCUUGGAAGCUGUACUAUCCACCAUUUUCUACCAGCUCAACAAACGGAUGCCAACCACUCACCAAAUCCAGGUGGAGCAGUCCAUCAGCCUCCUGCUUAACUUCCUGCUGGCAGCCUUUGAUCCGGAAGGCCAUGGUAAAAUUUCAGUAUUUGCUGUCAAAAUGGCUUUAGCCACGUUGUGUGGAGGGAAGAUCAUGGACAAAUUAAGAUAUAUUUUCUCCAUGAUUUCUGACUCCAGUGGGGUGAUGGUUUAUGGACGAUAUGAUCAGUUCCUGCGGGAAGUUCUCAAACUACCCACAGCAGUUUUUGAAGGCCCUUCAUUUGGUUACACAGAACAGUCAGCUAGAUCCUGUUUCUCUCAACAGAAAAAAGUCACUUUAAAUGGUUUCCUGGACACGCUCAUGUCUGACCCUCCCCCCCAGUGUCUGGUCUGGCUGCCCCUUCUGCAUAGACUGGCAAAUGUGGAAAAUGUCUUCCAUCCGGUUGAAUGUUCUUACUGCCACAGUGAGAGUAUGAUGGGAUUCCGCUACCGAUGCCAACAGUGUCACAAUUACCAGCUCUGUCAAGACUGCUUCUGGAGGGGACAUGCCGGCGGUUCCCAUAGCAACCAGCACCAAAUGAAAGAGUACACAUCAUGGAAAUCCCCUGCUAAGAAGCUAACUAAUGCAUUAAGCAAGUCUCUGAGCUGUGCUUCCAGCCGUGAACCCUUGCACCCUAUGUUCCCUGACCAGCCUGAGAAGCCACUCAAUUUGGCCCACAUUGUGCCUCCCAGACCUGUAACCAGCAUGAAUGACACCCUCUUCUCCCACUCUGUUCCUUCCUCAGGAAGUCCUUUUAUUACCAGGAGGUUACCUGAGGGGCUAAGUGCAUCCAGCCCUGGGGCUGAGGAGCAUUCGUUCAUAAAGCUGUAUGUAGAUCAGCUUGACCACGGCACACGCUCUCCUCCCAAGGACAGUGAAGUAGAGCAGAACAAACUGCUGGCUAGGGCUGCUCCGGCUUUUCUGAAGGGAAAAGGGAUACAAUACAGCCUGAAUGUGGCAGACAGGCUAGCUGAUGAACAUGUUCUCAUCGGGUUGUAUGUCAACAGGCUCCGGAACAACCCAUCAUGUAUGCUUGAGAGUUCAAACCGGCUUGAUGAAGAACACAGGCUGAUCGCCAGGUAUGCGGCAAGACUGGCAGCAGAGUCCACUUCGUCUCAGCCGACUCAGCAGAGAAGUGCUCCUGACAUCUCUUUCACCAUUGAUGCAAAUAAGCAACAGAGGCAGCUGAUUGCAGAGCUAGAAAACAAGAACAGAGAAAUCUUACAGGAGAUCCAGAGGCUGCGGCUAGAACAUGAACAAGCUUCUCAGCCCACUCCAGAGAAGGCUCAGCAAAACCCCACUCUGCUGGCAGAGCUCCGGCUCCUCAGACAGCGCAAGGAUGAGCUGGAACAGAGAAUGUCUGCUCUCCAGGAGAGCCGGAGAGAGCUAAUGGUCCAGUUAGAAGGUCUCAUGAAGCUACUAAAGGAAGAAGAACUGAAGCAGGGAACCCAGGGGGCAGGCUCUCCUCGCUCGUCCCCCAGCCACACCAUCAGCAGGCCCAUCCCCAUGCCUGUGCGGUCCGCCUCGGCCUGCUCCAGCCCGGCCCACACGCCCCAGGACUCCCUCACCGGGGUAGGGGGAGACGUUCAGGAGGCCUUUGCACAAAGUUCAAGAAGAAAUUUAAGAAAUGACUUACUAGUAGCAGCAGAUUCUAUCACUAACACCAUGUCCUCUCUCGUGAAAGAGCUGAAUUCUGAGGUGGGGAGUGAAACAGAGAGCAACGUGGAUUCUGAAUUUGCACGGACUCAGUUUGAGGAUCUGGUCCCAUCGCCAACCUCUGAAAAGGCUUUUCUAGCACAAAUCCACGCCCGGAAACCUGGGUACCUCCACAGUGGUGCUACCCCCAGCACCAUGCGCAGCGAUGGGGUCACAGAAGAUGGGGACCCCUAUGUGCGGCCAGAGGAUGAGAACUAUGAAAAUGACUCGGUCCAGCAGCUGGAGAACGAGCUCAAGAUGGAAGAGUACCUGAAACAGAAGCUGCAGGAUGAAGCCUACCAGGUCAGCUUGCAAGGUUGAAUACAAUAUCCUUUUAUCACUCUCCUUUCAAGCAAGCUAUAGUCAGACAGAUGAUGAAGGGAACACGAAAGCUGGUGAUGAAGGAGAGCCCCGCACCCACCCACGCAGAGAAGAAGACACCGCCUGGCAGCAGCUUCAGCGCAGAGAGGAGCCGCCACAUGCAGCAGCUCCUGACACACCCCUACCCCUAGAGACGCUCUGCCGACUAUAGUGCAGCUAACUUUUCAUUCUAAGAUUUGUAGUUCAUAGGUGUGUGUUUUGAGAAGGAAAAAAAAAAAAGACUUCUGAUUUCUGUUCAAAGCUAACUUACAUCUUCUGUAACAUGGCUCAUCCCUGAUUAGAAACAAAAACCAACUACAGUCAUGAGAGAAAGAAAGAAAAGAAAAAGAAAGAAGAAAGAAGGAAAGGAAAGAAAGAAAGAAAGAAAGAAAGAAAGAAAGAAAGAAAGAAAGAAAGAAAGAAAGAAAGAAAGAAAACCCACAGGCUGAAAACCCACGCUGCUGUUACUCAUGAUGGCAGUAUUAACAAGCAUUUUAAACCUUUGCACAUGAUAUGGAACCUGUUCAGUUUACAAUGACAAUACUGUUUAUAGCUAGAAGUUUGAUUUCUGAAUUCUUUGAGAUUUUAGCGAAACAGUUUAUUAUACACUGUACAUUUUUUUCCACAGCAAUUGGAAAAAAACAACCACUUGCAGAGCCCUACAUGAGUUCACUAACCCCGAAGAACUUGGUACCUGAGUGUACAGACUCAGGGCCUAGAGGCCAAGAAGGGUCCUUGGCCUGAACUGUCUGCAUUUGUCUUUAAGUCUCUAUGAGCAGUGACUUGAACCAAUCACACCAGGAUAAUCCAGUCUUUGGGGCUUCUUUCCAACUUGGGGUUGUUUUCUUUCAAGAUACUCUAACAAAUCAGCCAUAGAGUUUAGUGUAAAUAUUUUUUCCAAAUAGAUAUCAUAUUCAAAACAAAAGGCAACAUUCAAAUUAUAUAGAAUCUAGUUUUUAAAGUCAGCACAGAUCUUCUUAAAAACUGUGAACUAUGUUUUGAAAUACUUGUUGCUAAAGCUGUUUAUAAACCACAGGUGCCAUAAGAUCCCCAAACGGACUCAAGUUAUCUCUGCUCUUCCAUGGGCUCGUUCCUCUCGUUUUAGCUUUAGGGAGCAUGUCUAACCACACCGCUCAUCCACAAGUUCCCCUAUCAGGUUGUCUGGAGGCCUUCAGCUUUAAAUGUACAGGCUUAAAGUGCGCUUGCAAAUGCUCACUCUCCUUUUAUUUCUGAAUGUUUAUUGCCUUAGCUGGCUACCUGGUGUUCUGCAUGCAGCCUUCUGUGGUCAUGUGAGAGGAAACAGGCUCUUCUAAAUGGAGUCGGGAUUUUGCACUCAGUGAAAAGCUGAUGUUGCAAAAGCACUGUCGAAGAAGGAAGAAUGAAAGCCUCUGUUGAUGGUCCUUUAUAAUGGCCCUUGUCAGGAAGCGUUAAAAACUUCCCUUAGGGAUUCUGGGGAAAUGAAAACAUAAUCUACUUGUUUCAGGAUUUGAUGAAAUAAAAAUCCUGCAACAUAUUGAAUAUGUUUUACUUAAAUGGCAGCUUCUCUGGAAUUCCUGUCUCCUUUAAAAGAAAGUAGAGAACGUCUAGAACAGUGGCUCUCAAAAUGUGCCCUGGACCGGCAGCAUCAGCAUCACUUGGGAAUUUGUUUAGAAAUGCAAAUUCUUAAACCCCAUCCCAGGCCUGCCGAGUCCCAGCCACCUGUGCUUUAAUAAGCCCUCCAGGUAUUCCUGGUGCCUGCUGAAGGUUGAGAGCCAUUGCUUUAGAAUAAAGUUGCAUAGUAAAAUCUCUAAAAAGGCCAUAUUCAGAAUAAGCAAGAAAGGUUCUGAGUCAAACUCAUGCUUCAGCAAUUCGAUUUUGCUUCCAGGGCUGGCAAAGAACUUCUUCCAGCCAUGUGUUUGGUAGUUGGUGUGUGCCCAACUGAGAAGACAUCCUGACACCUUCCAGAUCCCUCUCUGGAAGGUUCUAAGUUGUUCAUGUCUCUGCAUUUGGUCAGAAACCAAUGUCCUUGGCUGCCCUUUGGAACAAAAUUGUUUGCCUUGGGGAUAGUAAAGCCCUCCGCUGGAUAGUAAGAAGCCCAUUCUCUCCGUUGAUGUGCUUCAUCAUACUUCCCCAGAGAAGCAGCCUGACAGAUGUCCCUGAGGACAGGCUGACACCAAAGUGGCACAACUGCACAGUUCUCAAAUUUCUUUGCACAGAUGGAUUUUACUAGGAGUUUUGUUGAUUUUAUCUUAAUGUUCAUCUCCUUUCCACUGCCCAUCCUCUGUGAAACCAUACCUCUCUAGAUGAAGUGGGUGGCCCCUCGUGCCUCAUACUCAGUACUUAAAACCACUACAUCUCAGCUACCUACAUUGCUGUCAGCUCUAACUCAUAGCCAGGUAGUUCUUGAACUCAGAACUCUGAUCCUGCAAGUGGUGUUCAGCCACCUACUGGACUGAGCUGACAUCUGUUGUCACUUUGUGUUUCUACAUCAAAACGCUUGUCUAAGGUUUGAAUAGUUUUGCUGAUAACCUUCCCCCUUGUUGUAGCUGUCAUUGCCAACUUCAUGGCAUGGUGGUCAAUAGCAUCGUACAAAGCCAUUGCAAGGACUCUAGAAACUGCCGCCAGUGACCAGUCCCUGACUAACCAGCCACCUUUUCUUUCUCUUAGCUCCACGUCAGCACUGAGACCAGACUCAAGCACCCCUGUCCUGUAACCGAGACAAAAUGGCGUGUAUUGUUUUGGGGUUUUGUGGUUUGGGGUGUGUUUCUUUCGUUGGCUCUCCAAAUUUACUUCUGGGGCCUGUUCU